AUGCUGAUUGGAGCCGAACAUUUCUUCAAUAUUCUGAAACAAGGCCAGAUCAAGCUUGCAGAUAAUCUACCUACCUUGUACGAAACAAAGUUCGGAUGGGUUGUAGCUGGUUCACUCGAAGAAACAGAGGAAGAUUCUCCAGUAUGUGCAAAUUUGGCUGUGACCGACGGACUAGAAGCGUGUUUACAGCGAUUCUUUCAUCAAGAAGAUAACACUGAACCAGACAAUAAUACUAAUGAACAAGAACAAUUUGAAGAACAUUUCCAACGAACCUAUCGUCGAAACAAAGAUGGACGAUUCGUAGUCCAGCUACCCUUUCGUGAAACAGUUCAACAAUUAGGAAGUUCCAGAUCGCUAGCAUUGAAACGAUUUCUGUUAUUGGAGAAACGACUGGCGCGCAAUCCAGAUUUGAUGACUCAAUAUGCUGAAUUUAUCAAUGAAUAUCGACUAUUAAACCAUUGCCGAGAAGUGAGAGAAGAAGAAGAUUCCCCUGGUCUUCAAACAUAUUAUCUUCCACAUCAUUGUGUCCUCAAACCAUCCAGUAGCAGCACCAAGUUGCGAGUAGUGUUUGACGCGACAGCAAAAACAAAAACGCUAAUGCUGAAGGGUGGAUUUCCGAUUCGAAAAUGGUGUUCCAACUCCGGUGCUGUGCUUGAAGGAGUACCUGACGAAGAUCGAGAAUCUCUGGUUACUAUACAAGACUUGAGCGCAAAUGAAGUAAUCAAGACUUUGGGACUGCUAUGGGACCCGAAGAAAGAUCUGUUCCUAUUUAAUAAGUCAUUUGAGCCAACAGACGAUAAAGACAACGUGACAAAGCGACGGGUACUGUCUCAAAUAGCGAAGAUAUUCGAUCCUUUGGGCCUAGUAUCACCUGUGAUCGUAGAAAUAAUCAUGCAGAAAGUUUGGGCUACACAAAUUGAUUGGGAUGAUACUGUGGAAGGCGAUUUAUUGAAGCAUUGGAUGGAGUUCAAAGCAGCAUUAAGUCAACUCAAUAAUUUCAAGAUUCCAAGAUGUGUCGUUUUUCUUGAAACAGAAACAAUGGAGAUUCACGGUUUUGCAGAUGCCUCCAAAUCUGCAUAUGUCGUCUGUAUCUACCUUCGUUGCAUUCGAAAGAACGGAUCUGCAGAGUCUCAUCUUUUAUGCAGUAAAUCAAAAGUAGCUCCUCUUCAAGAAAUAACUAUUCCAAGAUUAGAACUGUGUGCCAAUUUAUUGCUAGCCAAGUUAGUAGACAAGGUAGUUCCUGUUUUGAAAUUAAAUAUCCAUGAAAUCAAGUUAUGGUCCGACAGUCAAAUAGCCCUGGCUUGGAUGAAGAAACCUUUGGAUCGACUGCAGGUAUUUGUUCGAAAUCGUGUAGCUGAAAUCAAUAAGUUGACCAAGCAUUGCCAUUGGAACUAUAUUAAAACGGAUCAAAACCCAGCGGACGUCGUAUCCCGUGGAAUGAGGCCAGCCUUAUUAAGCAAAAACCAGCUGUGGUGGAACGGUCCAAACUUCCUUCGUGAAGCUAAUUACAAAACAGAACCUAUAGAAGAUAUACCCGAAAACAUAAUUCCUGAGCUGAAGGAUGUUGUCAUCGCAAAUCCAAUAAUGAAGCUGCCUGAAACCAAUUUCGACCGCUAUGAUUCAUUUCAUAAGUUGCAGCGUGUAUAUGCUCAUAUCGCACGUUUUGUUCGUCGAGUUAGAACAACCAAAGAAGAGAGGAGCUCCUGUUUAAAGCUGACCGUACAAGAUAUGCGUGUGUCAAUGAAGUACAUCAUCUAUGUUCUUCAACAAAACGAUUUUCAUGAAGAACUUCAGUGCAUCAAACGUGGUGACAUUCCAAAGCGUCUGGCUGCACUACAGCCGUUCAUCGAUGAAAAUGGUCUUCUACGAGUGGGUGGACGUCUUCAAAACUCGAAAUUGCCUUAUGAUGCCAAACACCAGCUGUUGCUUCCUCAGAAGCACCGAGUAACAGAAUUACUGAUCAAGAAAAUCCACGAGGAACGUCUCCAUGAAGGUCAAUCCGGUGUAUUAGCAGCCAUUCGUCAACAAUUCUGGAUUCUAAAUGCUCGUUCAAUCAUUCGCAAAAUAAUCCACAAGUGCAUGAAAUGUUUUCGUACCAAACCAAGAAUGUAUCAACCAUUGAUGGGAAAUCUACCUGAGUUCCGAGUAAACAUUGCUGCACCGUUCGAGCUAACCGGAGUAGAUUAUGCUGGACCAGUUUCAGUAAAAGAAGGCAAGCGAAAACCACGGAUCAUCAAGGCAUACAUCGCUUUAUUUGUGUGUCUUGUUUCAAAAGCUGUCCAUUUGGAACUUGUGUCGGACCUGACAUCAGAGGCAUUCCUGGCCGCAUUGGAUCGGUUCGUCAAUCGGAGAGGUGCAGUUCGAAAAAUAUUUUCAGACAACGGAACUAAUUUCGUCGGUGCAUUUAAGGAGUUGCGUACUUUAUUUACUGACAAGCUUGUGAAAAAUCAAAUUGACAAUUUCCUGCUACCACGAGAAGUCGAAUGGGAAUUUAUUCCUCCAAGAUCACCAAACUUUGCAGCAUUGGGAGAUUUGCUGGCUCCGGAACGCGGUGUCCAAAGUUGA